AUGGCGACUGAUUCAAACGAAGAGGCCGUUUUGGCCAAAAGACACGAAGCGUAUUUCGACUCCGUCGUGCCUGACAAGAACGGUUGCCUGGACUUGAGCGAGUUCAUGCGAUGGGCGAACGACCUGGAGCCGAUGUGUCAAGCGACAGACGCCAAGUGGAAAGAGCUCAGAUCUAGCAUUCAGGAAUUUUGGGCAACGGUUGGUUUUGUGCCCGGUGCUGAGCUAACAAGGGAACAGUUUGUCCAUGGAAUGAUGAAGGCAGGCCGUGAAGAGCUGGAAAGACAGCGAAAAGGAGAGAAGACGCCUUUUACUCGUAUGAUGAAUGCCUUCUUCGACGUGCUCGACGAAGACAACCUAGGAUAUGUGACUCAAGAUGAGCUGGAGAAGUUUUUUCGAGCGGUCAAGACGGAAUUGAAAGCGGCAAAGGUGUGGUCGGAUAAUGCAGAUUUAAAACAAAAUGGCAAGCUAGAUAGAGGUGAGCUGACCAAGAACAGCUUCAACUUCUGGUUCAACCCGGCGGAGGAUAAGACCGGAGGCAUGUUGAUGGCUGGAGCUUAUACAACUUGA